AUUGAUUCGCGUGAAUGAUCCACCCACAGCUUGGAGGCGCUUUAAAAUAUGGGUCAUUAGCCUUUCGCAAAGGACAAUAGAGGGUUUUUCACGUUUUAGUCUCUUAGGGUGCCUGAAUCUUCGACAUGAGUAGCUCACCAACAUUGUCUAAAGGUGAAGUGCUGACAGCUCUGUCUGUCACUGCUGGAGCUGUGGCCGUUGGCUUUCUGAUCCACAAAACAUUCUUCUCCAAAGACAAAUGUGUCAAGCCAAAAGUAAACCUGGACCUCCAGAAAGACAACCCCAAAGUGGUGCAUGCUUUCGACAUCGAGGACCUGGGUGAUAAGGCUGUCUACUGUAGGUGUUGGAGAUCUAAGAAGUUUCCAUACUGUGAUGGUGCCCAUGCAAAACACAAUCAAGAGACAGGAGAUAAUGUAGGACCAUUGGUCAUUAAAAGGAAAGAGGCAUGAGUGAGAGAGUUGAUGUAUUUAGAGUAGGUGUUUGCAAUCUCAUUAAAGCACUAACAGAGAUUAGUAUAUAAUUGCCUCAGAUUUUUGACUAAGCUUGUUAUAUGAUUUUUAGGUUAUUUUGCAAAAGCUGCCUGUGUCUGAAUAUUCAUCUUGUAUCAUGGUCUUAUUCUCUCUUCUGGUCUUAGUGCAGGUUUAUAUUUUGAGGUUUCCCCCAACAUUUAGCACUACACUUUUCUGAUUCUUAUACUGAUUCCUAGCUGCUUGUCAACUAAUCAAGGCUUGGUGAAAUUGCUGUAACCAAUGUUGACAAAAGCAAUUAUGGGUCAAUGUGACAUAACAAACUGUAUAUUUGAAAGCCAUGAAAAUAAAUGAACCAAAAAAGUACAUGAACUUAAAGAAA